AUGAAGCGUGCAGGACACUUGUUUAUAACCAGUCUGCGCGUGAUCACUUGUAGAUUUGCAUCUAAAGGUGCACACUUUCCUUCGGCGGCUGCUUUGAGGCCUGCCUGGGCCACCAGUUGCGUCCUUGCGGAGUCUUGGCGUAGACACGUCAGCGAGAUGGCGACAGGGGAGUAUGUCCUUCCGGAGCAGUGGUCAGAGGACCUAAAGGACGAGAACGGCGAGCCAAUGUCUAAGAGUGAGUUCAAGCGGCGACAGAAGGCUCAGAGGCUAGCAGCUGAGAAGGCGGAAAAGGAGGCAGCCAAGGCAGCGGCCGCUGCUGCGGCGCCUCCGAAGCCAGCCAAGGAGGAUGGCGCAGCGCUUGAGGACGACGCAAGCGAGAUCACGGAUCCCACGGCAUACUUCGAGAACCGCGUGCGCUAUGUCAACGCAAAGAAGGCGAAGGGCAUCAACCCGUAUCCCCACAAGUUCCAUGUGAGCAUGUCGCUGCCGGACUAUAUUGCGAAGUACGGCAGCCUGGAGUCCGGUCAACAAGAACCGGAGACGACAGUCUCUGUGGCUGGCCGGAUCUUCAGCAAGCGUGCGUCUGGAUCCAAGCUGUUGUUUUACGACCUGAAGGCGGAUGGCGUCAAGAUCCAAAUCAUGGCCGAUGCCAGGAACUCGGACCUUUCGUUGGAGGCCUUCACCGCUGUCCAUAACGAGUGCAAGCGCGGAGACAUUGUCGGCGUGGAGGGCUUCCCCGGCAAGUCCAAGAAGGGCGAGCUGUCCAUCUUCCCACGCAAGUUCGUGUUGCUGUCGCCCUGCCUGCACAUGCCCCCCUCGGCGCACUUCGGGCUAAAAGAUCAGGAGACUCGCUACCGCCAACGGUACCUGGACCUCAUCGUUAACACAGACGUGCGCAACAUUUUCUACACGCGCAGCCGCAUCAUUCAGUUCGUCCGCCGCUUCCUCGACACACGUGGCUUCCUUGAGGUGGAGACGCCUAUGAUGAACAUGAUUCCUGGCGGUGCUGCCGCUCGGCCGUUCAUCACGCACCACAACGACCUUGACAUGAAGUUGUACAUGCGCAUCGCGCCAGAGCUCUUCCUGAAGAUGCUCGUCAUCGGCGGCCUGGAGCGCGUGUACGAAAUCGGGCGCCAGUUCAGGAACGAGGGCAUUGACCUGACGCACAACCCUGAGUUCACGACGUGCGAGUUCUACCAGGCCUAUGCUGAUUACAAGGACCUGUUGGGCAUGACGGAAAGCUUGAUCAGCCAGAUGGUGCUGGAGAUUAAGGGCUCGUACAAGAUCCAGUACCACCCAGAGGGGCCAGAGAAGCCGUCCAUUGAAAUUGACUUUACGCCGCCGUGGCGUCGCAUUUCCAUGGUUUCUGGGCUGGAGGAGUGCUUGGGCAUUAAGCUUCCAACGGACCUGGAGAGCGAAGAGGCGCGGCAACUCCUCAUUGACCUGUGCGCCAAGCACGACGUAAACUGUCCGGCACCGCAAACAACGGCGCGCCUGUUGGACAAGCUGGUCGGCGAGUUCCUGGAGGAGCAGUGUGUCAACCCCACCUUCAUCUGCGACCACCCGCAGCUCAUGAGCCCAUUGGCCAAGUGGCACCGUGAGCUGCCGAACAUGACGGAACGCUUUGAGCUGUUCAUCAACAAGCGCGAGGUGUGCAACGCGUACACUGAGUUGAACGACCCCAUCAAGCAGCGUGAGCUGUUCCAGGACCAGGCAAAGGCCAAGUCGGCGGGCGAUGACGAGGCCAUGUUCAUUGACGAGACCUUCUGCACAGCGUUAGAAUACGGCCUGCCGCCCACGGGCGGCUGGGGCCUGGGCAUCGACCGCAUGACCAUGCUCCUAACGGACACCUGUAACAUCAAGGAGGUGCUGCUAUUCCCGGCCAUGAAGCCCGAGGAGACGGGGCCUAAGGAGGCGGACAGCUAAGCUUUCUCCGGGAACGCUGCUUAUUGCUAGUGUUUGAUGGAAAAGUGCAUUGUUCACGAUGACUAUUUGGGCAGGGGUACAGCUAUAUGACAUGCGCCUAUGCAGCUAGAUUGACUGAUGUUGAUUCACGUGAUUGCCGUCAUGUGUUGUGCGCUUUGCCUAGGUAUCUCGCUAUCUCAGGCCCUACCCCCUUUAGUGUUUGGGGGAUACGAGCAGGUGUUGCAAGCCGGAUGUUAGCAGUGCUUCAUAUGGCCAGCUUUGUAAAGAUGAGACGGUGUCAAGGUUGUACCAUUUUGUGCAAUGUAGGACGCUGCGGUAGCACGUAGGUACUACCUCCUAGGUGGUAACGCUCCUGUGCUGAUGACGGCUCUUCGAAAGACUUGGGGUGUUUUGGACUGUCUGGAACACGUACAUAAAUGUAGGGUGCAAGCCAGUGAUGGAUGGCGGGGGGGCUCAUUCCUUGGCGCGGAGCCCAAAUCACGCGCCAUGGAAAUGUUUUGAGCUCUCGUUUUUACCUCCUGACUAAAAAUUGCUAAUAGCCUUAGCGUUGCGCGGUUGGGUGAUUCGAGCGCGUGAGCAGGCCGGUAAUUUUCAUUCCACCGGUUACCGUGAGUGUGGUAGCGUGCGUGGCUUAAGGUGACUGGGCCAUUGUAACUUCGGGCCUUAC